CCCGGCUCCUGGGCACUGGGGAAGCCCCCGGGGGCGGGUAACCUCAGCUGGCCACGACCCAGCCCUCCCCCGUGCGUAUCUCGCUUAAGAUGGCAGCGGAGUCAGGGGAACUAAUCGGGGCUUGCGAGUUCAUGAAAGAUCGGUUAUAUUUUGCUACUUUAAGGAAUAGACCAAAAAGCACAGUAAAUACCCACUAUUUCUCCAUCGAUGAGGAGCUGGUCUAUGAAAAUUUCUAUGCAGAUUUUGGACCUCUGAACUUGGCAAUGGUGUACAGAUACUGCUGUAAACUAAACAAGAAACUAAAACCAAAGAAAAUUUUCAAGAAUAUCCCUUUCCUGGGAAAGUUGGAGUCAUACAGUUUAUCGAGAAAGAGAAUAGUGCACUACACCUGUUUUGACCAACGGAAAAGAGCAAAUGCUGCAUUUUUGAUAGGUGCUUAUGCCGUAAUCUAUUUAAAGAAGACACCAGAAGAAGCCUACAGAGCACUCCUCUCUGGCUCAAACCCCCCCUAUCUUCCAUUCAGGGAUGCUUCCUUUGGAAAUUGCACUUACAAUCUCACCAUCCUCGACUGUUUGCAGGGAAUCAGAAAGGGAUUACAACAUGGAUUUUUUGACUUUGAGACAUUUGAUGUGGAUGAAUAUGAACAUUAUGAGCGAGUUGAAAAUGGUGACUUCAACUGGAUUGUUCCAGGAAAAUUUUUAGCAUUUAGUGGACCACAUCCCAAAAGCAAAAUUGAAAAUGGUUAUCCUCUUCACGCCCCCGAAGCCUACUUUCCUUAUUUCAAAAAGCAUAACGUGACGGCGGUCGUGAGGCUGAACAAAAAGAUCUACGAGGCGAAGCGCUUCACGGAUGCAGGCUUCGAGCACUAUGAUCUCUUCUUCAUCGACGGCAGCACUCCCAGCGACAACAUCGUGCGGAGGUUCCUGAAUAUCUGCGAGAACACCGAGGGGGCGAUCGCCGUCCACUGCAAAGCUGGUCUUGGAAGAACGGGGACCUUGAUAGCCUGUUAUGUCAUGAAACACUACAGGUUUACACAUGCAGAGAUAAUUGCUUGGAUCAGAAUCUGCCGGCCCGGCUCUAUUAUAGGACCCCAGCAACACUUCCUGGAAGAGAAACAGGCAUCACUAUGGGUCCAAGGAGACAUUUUCCGAUCCAAACUGAAAAAUAGACCAUCCAGUGAAGGAAGUAUUAAUAAAAUUCUUUCUAGCUUGGAUGAUAUGUCUAUUGGUGGAAACUUAUCUAAAAUACAAAACAUGGAGAGAUUUGGAGAGAAUAAUUUAGAAGAGGAUGAAGAUGUGGAAAUGAAAAAUAGUAUAACCCAGGGAGACAAGCUACGUGCCUUAAAAAGUCAGAGACAGCCCCGCACCUCACCAUCCUGUGCAUUUAGGUUGGAGGAUAUGAAAGGGCAUCCAAGAGCAGUGUCCCAGCCUUCCAGAUUGGGUUCUUCCCCACAAGGAUCUGCAUCUCCUUUGAAGACCUCGAAAGUGGCUUUGUCCCCUUCUGUGACGGCCAAGAGGAUAAACAGAGGCUCUGUAUCCUCAGGCGCCAGUGUAAGAAGCUUUUCCAUAAACUCCCGGCUAGCCAGUUCUCUAGGGAACUUGAAUGCUGCAGCCGACAAUCCAGAGAACAAAAAGACCACAUUACCCUCCAAGAUGGGUUUCAUCGCCAACCCGUUCACCAGCCUCUUGAAUGGCAGCUCCCAGCCGCCUGCCAGAAAUUACCCUGAGCUCAACAACAACCAGUACAGCCGAAGUAGCAGCAGCAGUGGGAGUGCCCCAAGCAGUCAGCCAGGCCCCCACGGCGCUAAGACCACCGAGGAGCACUCCACCACCCUGCGGCCCUCCUACACCGGCCUGUCUUCCUCCUCAGCGAGAUUCCUGAGCCGAUCAAUCCCCUUCUGGAGGCUGGAAGUCAGAGAUUGGGGGCCAGCGUGUUCAGUUCAGUCCCUUCAGUCUGAAUAUGUUCAUUACUAAGGCCUUGCCACUCCGGUGAAAGCUGUUCCACUCUUACAUGCAGUUUCCUCAUCUGGAUGAGCAAUGUAGAGAGAAAACAACUGCUUGCUGGAAGAAUAUCUCUGCCUUUUUACCUUAAAGUAAAGAGAGCACUCAGAUAAGACCUUCAUGAGACUUGAAACCAGAAAACUCUGGCUAAUGACUACUCUGAAUGCACUGAAACUAUGUUUAUGGAGACGUCAACUUUUUAAGACAGUUUUCAUGUUGAAUUUGGUAUUUUGGAAGGUUAUUUUUAAUGUAUUUCGGAAAUACAUUUAUUACAUUUACAUGUACAGUGUUACAUUAUGUAUCUAUUGUGAACUUUAAAAGGCUAUUUUGAUAAAUUUAUAAAUAUAUAAAAUUAUGUAAAAACUAGACUAUAUUUUGACUUAGAUUUUCUUGCUGUUUCCUACCAAAAAUUUGUAUUUUGAAUUUGUUUAGUAUGGUUUUAUCUACAAUGAAUAAUAAUUCCUCUUUAUUAAGAAAAAGUAAAGGAGAAAGGUUUUAGAAAGUGAUUUGUAUGUUUCCACUACGAAUAUGGCACAUCACUUCAUUCUUUUGGGAAGUCAGUCUAAUUCAAUAAGUUUAUCCAGGUUUAUCUCUUAGCAAGAGUACAAUUGUUUGAUACGGCUUAUUAAGAUCAUUUCUUUACCCUUUGUCUUUGUUGCUGAGCCAUUUAGUUUUGCAUCUUUGGAGGUUUUAACAAAAUUUAACAUCCAGUUGAAGAUCAAAAUUCACUGAAUGUUUUUCCUUGAAAGCAUAGUUUUUCUCUAUGAAAUGACUCAACAGUCCAAAUGCUUUUACUUCUUUCCUUCUCACAAAAGAAUUCUUAAUCCAAUUAGAAUAUUCUGAUUUUGGUACAAGGUUUUUGCCUGUAUUCACACAUGGUCUGGCAAGUUUUAAAUCAGCAAAGAGGAUUCAAAGGAUGCUGCUAAGUAGUUUUCUGUAUUAAUAAAGGAAACAAGCUUAAGACAGAUCACACAGGCUAGCAUAUCUGAAACCUCACAUGAAAAUGAAGGGACUCCUAGGUACUUCACAGGCCUUUCAUGUAAGUGUAAUCUUACAUUUAGGGUCCGGAAGCCUGUAAACCUUUUUUCCAUGGGGAGUUGGGGAGUAUUAGAUCCUCAUUGUCUUCCAUGCUGCUCAAGAAUGGACUACUCAGGCAGUCCAGUGGAUUCGUAUGAAGUGCUUUACUCUCAGCCACUGAGUUAUUUAUCAGGUAUUUAUUAGAAGGGGUACCUUGAGGCUGUUAUACAUGCUUCAGCAAAACAUCUUGUUUAUGUCUUACUUUUUAAAAAAGGCAUUUGAAUGAAUGUUUGACUCAGGUUCGUUAACCUUCAAAAACUGCAGUACCAAAUAAUUGCACUAAACUGAUUAAAAAAAUGAAUUGUAUGUUUUAGGAAUCAAAAAUUAAGUGGAAUUAAAUUGUAUACCUUUUCUAAAGCUAAAAUAGUAAAAUAUUUUAUAAUGAGUUAUUGUAAAAAAUGAUCAAUUAAUUGUAUAGGAAAAUGAUAGUAUUUUUUCAAAAUUAUCAGUGAAAAGUAAUUGAGAUGAUAUUUGAGGAGUGGGGGAAAGGGAACCAUAUAGACAGUUGUAGUUCUGUGAACACUAAUUGUGUGCAGCUACUAAAUGAUUGUAAAAUUGACUACUGUAAAUUUUCCAUAAUUAUGUGUAUAUAUUAGUCAUAUGUAUCUACAUGGGUAUGUCUUAAAAUUAUUUAUACACAUGUACAUACAUAGACAAAUCAAGAAGAAUAUGUGUAUAAUAUAGAAAGUAUAUAGCAAAGUGAUUCUACUCCAAUAAUAAAGAUUGACAUGUAUUUUGUUAUGAAUAGUUUACCUUUGAAAAGAUAUUUUGUUCUAUUUUAAGGUGUAGAAGAAUACACUGCUAAUAAAUAAUAAAAGUUUUAUGCAAUUUA